AUGCGAGACGAGGAGAAGGUUCCUCUUCAAAACAGCUUGCCAAAAUCUUUUGGGAAAUCGGAUUAUACCCAAAGCUCUUCGGAGCUAGAUCCAUAUGGAUCAGAGACGUCUACGAACAAGGAAAUGGAUGCAGACAUUCCCGAUCGGAAAUAUGCCUGGAAUUCCGGCAUCUUUACACGUUUUCCUUUUCUCGGAGUUUUGCCUUUGCUCUUGAGUAUGAUCUGUAAACGUCACAGACAAACGUCUUUGGUAAGUGAGUGGUCAGGAGUAAUGCAACCUGCUGUGCUGCUUGCUUAUAGCUCGACUGUGGCGAACUCGUUGGUCAGGAUCGCUUUUGCCUAUGGCUGCGCUGUCAGUUUUUGGGUACAGGCAGUGGAAGGUCAUAUGCCGGUGACCAACCUGCAUCGUCACUGGGAAGGAGCCUCGAGUUUCUGGGGAGCACUGAGUGCGUUGACUCGGAGGAAAGCUAUUCGCAUAAGCUUGGUAUCUGUCCUUGUUACCAUCUCGUCUUUGCUUCGGGGCCCCUUGAUGCAAAGAGCCUCUUCCACCCACACCCGUGAAGUGGCCCUUACAGGUAUCGCGGAUCUUCAAGUUGCCCGUACUAUCUUCGUUGAUCAAGAGGGUGCAUUCAGGGGGUCAGGUGGGAGUCAAAAUCUUGAAACGGGGUUCCAGAGCGUGCUCCGAGAUUACCAAUCAAAAGCCUCACUUCGCGUCCCUGGAGCCGAAUCCUACAACAAUUAUUCUUUAAAAGUAGAAGCCUUGGGAUUCGACAGCUCGAAUUGUUCUCUGGUUGAAGAGAGCAUGCCACCGAAGGAUUUAAAUCAAUGGGUUGUCGGCUACAACAGCACCGACAUUUUCAAGAUCGACAUAUCAGCAGGCCAGCUUUCAAAUGAUAAUCCCAAAGAACGCCAAGAGGUGUUCUUGAUAUCACGCUACGUGUACAUGCAAGAAUACGACGGAUGGGAACUGUCGGGUCCGGAUUUCGACGACCCCAUGGACGAUAUCAUCAAUAGCUACCGCGAAAUAGCCUUCCGCAUGUCCCUCCACGAGGCAGCCAGGAACAAUUACAAUAUAACCUGGCAUGGAGAACGACUUUGGCCUUUCAUCAGUCAGACUGUCGACUACAUCAGCCACCAAGUCCGCGUCGAGUACAAAGCCAACGCUCCUGCGCUCGGUGUGGCCGUGGUUGUCGGCCUUCUCGGCCCACUGGCCACUUUGACCCUCUUCUGGGGUUACUGGCAUCUAGGGAGGGACUUCUCCAUGAGUCCGCUUGAACUGGCGAACGCCUUUCUUGUCCGCGGGCCCAUGCUGCCAAUGUCAGCGGCUGCAGCACCCUCGUCCCCGAAACCUCAAGACGCCCAGGAUCAACACCGGGAUCAACACCAACACCAACACCAACACCAACACCAACACCAGCACCAGCACCAGCACCAGCACCAGCACCAGCACCAGCACCUGCACCUGCACCAAGCCCAACUAGCCACACUCCUCGCCAACUGCAGCACCAACGCCUCAGCAAAGCAAAUCACAAAUUACUGCACCCGAAACAGGAAUGACGACCAUUGGUGGACUACCUUCUUCCAAUCCAACAGCAGGGAGCCAAAUUUGCAGUACGGCGUGUUGGAAUCCACUGGGCAAUUGGGUUUUGCAGUUGAAGACGAACAGGGAGUUAUCCACGCGAGGAAGCCACGGGAGGGGGAGCUGUUGUAA